AGAAAGAGAGAGCAUGUUUCUCUUAUUCUCUCUUUCUCUGCAGGCUGGCUUGUGUCCAGGUACAGUCCAGCGUCCAGUGGUAAUGAUGAAGGUGUGACGUGUAGGCAACUUCCCUCUUGUGCAAUCAUCAUGAGGCUCUCGGGGGCUAUAAGAUCCCAAACCUCGUCUGGUUUCUCAGAGCCUUCAGUCUGAUACACACACAUACAGACUCACACAGACAAACAGAGGCAUGAUAUGCUCCGGGGUACUCAGCCGUACAGAUUUCUCUUAGAGGGGUCGAGGAGCAAUCGUCAAGAUAUGGACUUUAGCCAAAAGAGACAUUGAAAACCGCUUGACUGCUCGGACUGGACGCUCAAUCACUCACAGUGCCAGCUGACCUUGGAUAACUGAAAGGGGGGAAGUGAAGUUGCGUGACGCACGGGUACGUCCAGUUCCAUAAUGGCAAUCCCAAAUGAUUACUCCCUUUUCAACUCCACCUCCUCCUCCUAUUCAACGACAGAGAUUUAUCUGAACACCUCCCUAGCCCCCUCUGCUCCCCCCUGCACAGACUGGCCUCACGUACCCAUGACCGUAGCCAUCCCUGCCAUCUACAUCGUCAUCUGCGUGCUGGGAAUCGUAGGCAACGCUCUGGCGGUGUGGGUGUUGGCCCACGCCAGCGCCUCCAGGAGAACUGUCGCUAACACCUUCAUGCUGAACCUGUGUGUGUCCGACCUGCUGUUCCUGCUGUCUCUCCCGCUGUGGGCCGUCUACUACUACCAGGGCUACAACUGGCCCUUUGGCCGGGUCGCCUGCAAAGUCUGCGGAGUUCUCCUCAACCUCAACCUCUACGCGUCUAUCUUCUUCAUCACAUGCAUGAGCAUGGACCGUUACCUGGCCAUCGUGCGUCCGCUCCGCUCCCAGAGCUCACGGUACCCCAAGCGUGCCCGGCUGGCGUGCACCCUGGUGUGGGUGCUGGCUUGCGCUUGCUCGGCCCCCGCCUUGCAUCUGAGGGACACGCACUACUCGGAGGAGUACGGCGUGGAGGUCUGUGGGAUUCACUAUCCUAAUCGUACCUGGCGUCUGACCGUGGUCUUGAUGAAGAUGACUCUGGGCUUCCUGCUGCCGCUGUUUGUCAUCUCUUGUUGUUACUGGGCUAUUGGUAGACAUUUGUUGGCUGACACAGGCCUGGUAAGAAUGCGGAAUCCGUCGCGUGCACCAAACAUGCCCUCUUUUAAAUCACCGGAGUCCAAGGAGAGCUGUAAACCAGAGAGACCUCCGACCCCCUGCGUGUGCCCCGGCUCCGGUGGGGGCCGACCCCUGGAGGGCAGGGGGCUGGAGCGGGUGUUGUGGACGGUAGCCUCCGUGGUCCUGGCCUUCUUCCUCUGCUGGUUCCCCUUCCACUGCGUGACCUUCUUGACCGUGCUGAGGGACGAGGGCUGGUUGGACAGCUGCGGGCUGCACUGGACCAUCAACACCUUCAUCGCUCUGACCCUCGGCUUGGGCUUCUCCAGCUCCGCCAUCAACCCCGUGCUCUACUGCUUCAUCGGAAACCAUUUCCGAGGCCGUCUCACGGGGCUCUGCAAGGGCCUGUGUGCUCGUCUGGAGGCCCGCGGGGAAGAUCACAGCCAGAAGAGGGGCUCCUUCAGCACCAGGCUGAGCUCCUUUUCACGAAAACUCAGUGACCUGAAAGACCUGGCGAUCGUGGAGCCCUCUGCCUAACUGGCCCACAGAGGGGGAGGCUUUUCCUUCUCCCUCCACUGGCUUCACACACACCCCAAAGACUGAUGCCGAUAUGACUGCUGAACUCUAAUAAGCACGGAUGUGUGAGACAGAGCUGUUACUACAACUGACUGAGUCAAAUUCCAGGAGAACUCAACGCUGCCCUACAAAGAAAAAGUAUUACGAAAGAUGAGAAAAAAGAGGUUUAAAGUUUUCCGGCUGCUUAGCCAAACUGUAACGAACAGAUACAUGAUAAAUGUCAUGCCUUAAUGCUGCAGCAGGCAGCUGUUUUCAACUAAAAAGCUUUAAAAAUCCACUGUAGCCUACACAACCUGCUCAGCAGCAAACAGCAGACAGACUAGUUAGAGACUAGCUGGUGAACAUAGUGGAGCAUUUAGCAGCUAAAGAGCCAGAGAGUUCCCUCGGGAGUUGGCGGGGAACGAAAACAGACGUGAAAGAGAGUGAAUAUCAGAGUCACAUUCAUCAGGUGGCCAAAAAACACGACUCUAAAUGAAUGAUAAUGUUUCUCCGUAACUGCUGGGGGUGUCAUUUUGCUACUGUUUGCUAACAGCUAGUCACUAGCUAUCAACUUAAAGGUGAUGUGUCAGUUCUGGGUUCACAAUUCCCUCAUGUGGCUAAAAAUAAUCAGUUAUUGUAAGUUUGAGGUUGCAGGAAAAACACCUGUGGGGUCGGUUACAGCAGUUACAGCUACUCUAUUUUAGUAGGACUUGUUUAGCUGCUGUUCCUCUUUAUUUCUUCAUCAUGGUUGGAUUUAGCUUCUGCCCUAUUUCAUGAUGAUAAAUGAUGAUUUCACAUGAAAACAGAUAUGAAAGAGUACAUUUAGCUUUACCUAAGGCUAGCUGUGGCUAACAGUUAGAUUCAAUUCAAGCCGGGUUUUGUGGUUUUGCAAACUCUGAUGUUUUCUCUGAAAUUAUACUAUGGCAUGAUAAUAUUUUAUAUUGUAAAACAUUUUUAUAUGGUAACUCAAUUUUGACGGAUUACUGCAUUUUGACUUUGGAGGGCAGACUAUAGGCCAAAAACAUUAAUGAGUUGUAUAAAGAUUAUUAUUCAUAACAAUGCUACUUUUACUGUUCCUUUUGGGACCAAGCUAUUAUAUGUGUAAUCACUUGUAACAUAUUUUUAUGGCAUUAUUUUGUAAAGACAGUUUAGGAAAAUGAAAAUUACUGCAUUUCUUUGACUGAAUAAAAAUGUCACAUUCUUUGAUGGA